AUGAAACUACUUCACCGUAUCGGAGUAAACUGCUUCAUGAAUCCCAACGCAAAUUCCAAACCAGAGGCAGAGGCGGAGAUUGAGACUCGCCACCAUCACUUGGUUCAUGAUGGCAAACCUCUUCCUCAACACCUUGUGAUCAUGGUUAAUGGCAUCAUUGGCAGUCCUGCAGAUUGGAAAUUUGCUGCGGAUCAGUUUCUUGAGAAGCUUCCAGAUCAAGUUAUCGUUCACCGCAGUGAAUGCAAUUCUUCAAAGUUGACUUUUGAUGGUGUUGAUACAAUGGGUGAGAGGCUAGCUCAAGAGGUGAUGUCUGUUGUUAGGCGCUACCCGGGGUUGCGGAAGAUCUCCUUUGUGGCACAUUCUUUGGGAGGCUUGGUGGCAAGAUAUGCUAUUGGGAGACUACUUGAAGAGCAGAAAGAAGUUCCCACAGUGAAUGAGAAGGCAGAAUGUGUGAAGAAUUGCCUUGAAAAACAGAGUUGUGAAGCUAAAAUAGCUGGUUUAGAGCCAAUGAACUUUAUAACAGUUGCAACACCACAUCUUGGUUCAAGAGGACAUAAACAGCUUCCAUUUCUUUGUGGUCUUCUUUUCCUUGAAAGAAGAGCCUCUCAAACUGCACAUUUAAUAGCAGGGAGAACUGGGAAGCAUCUCUUCCUUACAGACAAUGAUGGUGGAAAGCCUCCACUACUCCUGCGAAUGGUUUAUGAUUCUGAUGAUUUAAAAUUUAUGUCAGCCUUAUGUGCGUUUAAGCGUCGUGUAGCAUAUGCAAAUGCAAACUCUGAUUAUAUGGUUGGAUGGCGUACCUCAUCAAUUCGGCGUCAACGUGAACUUCCAAAGUCCAAUCUUCUAAUAAUUGAUGAGAAAUACCCGCACAUUGUACAUGCCAAAGGUGGGAGUGGGACUGCAGAUGACAUUGUUACCAAUAAAGAAUCUUCUAAUGUUGGAGGCCAAACAAUUGACUUUGAAGAGGAGAUGGUAAGAGGUCUCACCAUUGUUCCUUGGGAGCGCGUAGAUGUUAGCUUUCAAAAGAGUAAACAGCGAUAUGUUGCUCACAGUACAAUCCAGGUGAAAACCUACUGGUUGAAUUCAGAUGGUUGUGAUGUGAUCUUCCAUAUGAUGGAUAACUUUCUUCUAUAAUCUCUAGCACUUUUUUCAAGUUCAGUGUCAACAGAUCAUUGUUGGGAGCAAGGGUAGUUUUCUUUUAAUCUAACUCACCCUUAAUGUCUUGUAUUAUAAUAGAUUGUGUUUUGUUGUGCAUUGGCCUGGAAAGUUGAUUACUUCAUCGGAGUUGAGUACUCCUUCAUGUACAUUAGAAUUCAUUCCCUAAAAACUUGUUCAUAUAUUGAUGUAUUGAGAACCUUAAUUGAAAAGGUGUAAAAUUUCUGUAUGUCUUCAUGUAAUAAACCCGAGUGAAGAUGCAGCCUGUUUGAAAUUCUAUGAACAAAGUUUUACUUUUUGGCA